UACAAGCGGUUGCAAGCUUUCGCCAACAACCGCGCUGCAAUCGACACCCGCACCCCCUUCACGUCACCCCUCCCCUACAACCUGUGCCACACGGUCGCAAUCCUCCCGCCUUUUCUCGACUCGAGAUUACUACAUCCGUGCCUUCUGAAAUAAACCGCUCGCCUCCAUACAAACCAUACCGCUACCAUGCCUCGACUGCGUUCGCGCGCCAAUCUAACAGCUCGCAGUGCUGUCCCGACAGCUACCACGACUCGCCCGAGGCGGGGAACUGCGACCCAGCCUCCGCCAGCAGCCGUUAUAGAACGUUCGUCCCCCGAGCAUCCUCGCCAGUCCAUAUAUCUCACAAUUAAAGCUUCGCCGAAUAAACUGAGAAAGGCAACGGGUGGCGCCACCUCCAAAACCGCAGUAAGCGCGGAGAAUAUCGUUUCCGGGAAACGCGCCCGGACAAGCCGGGUCGUACGCGAGGUCGAGAGUGAGGAUGAGGAGGAAGAGGUCGAGGAAGCUGAGGCUAUGGAUGUAGAUGAGGAGGAGGAAGAAGAAGAGGAAGAGGAAGACGCCGAAGGCGAGGACGAUGAGGAGGAUGUCGAUGCAGAAGGCGAAGAAGAUGACGACGAUGUGACACCAGCGCCGCGUAUCGUUGCCACAAACAAUCACGGAGUGCGCAAGCCCAGCAUCAGUAAACCGCAGGACUCUGUGGAGGCUAAGGAGAUGGUCAUGGCAGACGACGACGACGAUGACGAGGAGCUCUCUGAACCGGAGUCGGAAGAAGAGGUGGAAGAGGAGGAGGAUGAAGAAGAAGAAGAGGGCGAGGAUGAGGAUGCCGAAGAUGAGGAGGAUGAGGAACCGAUGGAUCAGAAUGAAGAGGAGGAUGAAGAUGAGGGUAUGGAGAGCGAAGACGAGAGUCGGGACCAGACACCUGAUCUCAGCAAGUUGACACGGCGGCAACGGGCCAUGCACAUAGAGGACAGCGACAUUGGUUUGAUGGCCUUAUCUAACGAGGCUCAGAAGAAGAAACAUCUCACAGCUGAAGAGCACGCUAUCCGCCGUGCAGAGAUGGCACGUCGACGGAAGAAUCUCAGUGAAAAGCGAAACGAAGAAGAAAAGAUGGACACGAUCAACCGCCUACUCAAGAAGCAGCCUCCGAAACGCGGACGAAAGGCCAUUCAGGAGAUUGUACCCUCCGAGAAUGAGGAAGAGCCUGAACGCGAGAAGCCCAAUCCCCUCUAUGUUCGCUAUAUACAGAACGCUUCCGGAGCUCGUAUGGGUGUUCCCGAAGAGUGGAUGCAAGCUCCUGUAGGCAGCAUGUUCGCCGGAGAUAUCGCCAAACCAUCGAAUCGGCCGUAUGGGGGCAGGAUGGUUGAAGAGGUUUCUUGAUUUCGUUUGUGGUUCGGACCUAACUGGUCUCAAUCUACGUUCGUGGCCCUGCAUCGGGCGUCUAAGUGCUAAUCGCGGUUCUUGUAAAAUACCCACGCAACAGGAGAGGAGCUCGAGCUUCUUGCCCUCUUCUUGGGAGAAUUCACCUUCGUCGACAUGACAUGAAGAUGGUGGAGCAUGGCGUGAUGAUCAUCAGAAAGAAGCAUUUCGACGGCCGGUUUUGCUUAGCAGAUCCUAG